CUACGGAGCGGUUGUAAAAGCGCCCAUCCUCCAAGCCUGGAAUGACACCUGGGACUUCUAGUGUCAAGGGUUGAUCGAUAACCAUGGCUUGGGCGUGUCCGAGUUUCAUGGAGCUUAUUUGUAACAGCAGCAAGGAUGCAGCCGAAUGAACAACUUAUCCCUGGGGCAUUAGCAGAGAAAAUCCCUGAGCUCCCACUCCUUAAAACGGAGGAGGCUGGACACCACUUCUUGCGACGUUGGCAGAUACGGGCUCCAGCCAAGGCGGGUAAUCGGACACGGCGACAUUCCACCCACUCAUGGGAUGAUGAUCAAGAACAAGCACGACGUGCUCCACGAGAGCAACAUGAUUGGCAACCGUAUGACCCAUCAUCUGUUCAACCUGCGGCACCUCGCGAGGACAUCGACAAUUACUUUUACCUCAACAUCCGUUAUCACCGGGAGGCGGAACCUGAUGUAGUUUUCAGUCAUUUCAGCACCACAUUGAUUGACUUCCUGCGCAUGGCUAUUGGUGGCGAAUUUUUCAACUCAAAUCCGGAGUCCCCUCUCACUCACUUUGUGUUCAAACUCGAUGAGCUCAAGGCGCACCUUUCGGACGCACGUUCAGCCUUGUCUAACCUUUCUGGGGAGGAGUUGAAGACAAAAGCACACGAUCUUGGCCGCUUGGACUCGCUGACCCAGCAUAAAACCGAACGAGAUGCCCAGCAGUACCUCGAGGAUCUCGUUGAUCAUUUGGGCAUUCUUAUACCUUUGGUUGAGGAAGAGUUCAAGCCCAUAUCCAUGCGUUUAGAACUAGAGCUAUCUUACAACCACAUUUCAUUUGAUCUUCUCAUGUACUACUUCAAGAAAGGAGAGAAAUACUAUUACGAGGAUUCGGGUGACAAGCUGGCAUUUGUGCUGGAUGAUACGAGCAAGGAUUCGUCUUUUGGGCAAGCAUGUUUCUGCCAUAUUUUUUACCUCCAUGGUAAGGGUAUGGUAUGGGACGGUCGUGGUUACGUCAAUGAAAUCAGACGUGUCAGCAUUUCUCGUUACCUCGGGACAAAGGCAGUAUCUGAUCUUCAGUGCAAAAUAAUGCAAGAUGAUGUACACAAUGAACUGACAGAGCGCGGAAGAUUGUAUGCUGCUGUCUCGGGCGUUCAUUUCAAGUCAUAUGAUGGUCGCCGCGUGAUUAUUGAUCAAAAUGGAUAUCGCGAUUCGGAGUCUUCAAGUGAUUAUGAUGAUUAUGUUCCUCCGCAUUCAAAUUGGGACGCACAUAUUCCUCGUCCUGGUUCCCCUGACACCGGUGGCACCCCAUUGGGAGGACGGCAGGAAUUUGUAGACGACCAACUGUACCUCUUACCAGCGAAAGUACAAGGUUUUGAUAUCCGUCGCAAGUCUUGGGAGACGUUUGAUGUUCGUAAACUUGAGGAGAUCCAUUUCGAUGAACAUGCUUGGGACCAUCUCGUCCUUGAUAAAGCAAUAAAGGCUCUUGUCGAAGGGCUCGUCAAUGUUACGAAGACGAUCAAUACCUCUAAAGAGUUGUUCUCCGAUGUCAUUACUGGGAAAGGUGGAGGAUUGAAUGCGCUCCUACACGGUCCGCCUGGGACAGGAAAAACUUUGACGGCGGAGGCUGUGGCCGAACGCCUGAAACGACCACUCUACGUUCUCAGUUCACUUGAGCUUUCAACUAAACCCGCUAUUUUGGAGAAAAAGCUGGGUGACAUUCUGAAGCUCGCAACGACAUGGGAUGCAGUCGUCCUCAUCGACGAAGCCGAUGUGUUUCUGGAGCAAAGAAGUCUUCACGAGUUGGAGCGGAAUGCCCUCGUUUCUGUCGCUCUUCGGGUCCUCGAGUACCACCGUGGUGUCCUUUUCUUGACUACCAAUCGUAUCCAGGCCUUUGAUGAAGCCUUCCUAUCGCGGUUCUCCAUUGCUGUGAAGUACCCAGAGCUGGAUGCUGACGCCCGUUUGACCAUCUGGCGAAAGUUCUUUGAGCUUGCUGGGUGCGAGUUGUGGGGCGGCAGUGGACAGCCUGGAGAAGGAUGCCUGGACGAGUUUGUCAAACUUGAAGGACAAGAGCCGCAGUGCUAUGUUUCGCUUGCUGACCUGAAUGAACUGGCUGCAAAGCCUUUCAACGGUCGCACUAUCAAGAAUCUUGUGCGGACCGCGCAAGCGUUGGCCAUGUCAUCGGAUGAAACGCUUUCCCUUGAGCACGUCAAGGUCGUGGUUGAAGCACAAGAGAAAUUCUUGACUGAGUUUGCUCGAAUCAAAUUAUGACCGUCUGACCGUCUGUCCUGUUUUGACUGUAAUCUUUGGUUAUCGCGUAACAAGUAGUCAUGUCGUUUUGCAUACGGAUACGAUCGAAAUGUUUAAUGUUGUGCUUACGAUGAGCC